UCUGUUCCCGUUUGAAUCAGAGCUCUACGGUAGGAUGUGGCUUAAGUUGACCGGGACAUUCCCUCACAUCCACCGUGCGGCGGCACCGCUUCCCGUCAGCCUCGCUCAGCCUCUAUUAUUACGGCUCGAGCCUCUUGGUGACGCUCUGCUGACAUCACAGCGGCUCCCUCCGCUCGCUGCAUCACGCGCACGGAGCUCUCAUUCCGCUCCGCUCGCUGUCCGUGUCCAGGACGCACCCGCACGCACGGCAGCCGCGGUUCCUGCAUCCACGCACUGCGGCCCCGCGGGAGUGGGACGGACGCGACGCGACGCGCUCCACGGACAACGCACGUCCACGCACGCAGACACAAUCGGCGAGAAGGAGCUGAAACUUGGCCGCUUUCAGCCGAGGCUCGUUGAACUGAAGUGAAGUUUGCUGCGCGAUCGCAGGAGGAAUAAUCGGAGCCACGCACGGCGCUGCUGUGGAUAUUCACGUCCACCGUGUCUCCUGUGUAGAAGAAUGGCGAGAGAUCACGCGGCGCGCUGGCCGCUGAGCGGCACUUUGUUGGUGGCGGCGCUCGUCCUCUUCACAGCCGCAGGUGCAGAGAAGGUUCGAGUGGAUGAGGAGCUGGAGGCGUAUCCCACGGAGUCGGUCGACCUGCGCUGCCAGUUUGUGGACGGAGGAGGACGGACGAAGCUCACACAGGUGUCCUGGAUCUGGGAGCCGGUGGACGGACAGCGGGACAACAUCGCCGUGUUCCACCCCAUCUACGGACAAAGCUUCCCCAACCAGCUCUUCAAGGACCGCGUGGUGUUCCUGCACAACAGCCUGGAGAACCCGUCCAUCAGGAUCUCCAACCUCAAGAUGUCUGACGCGGGUCGUUACACCUGCGAAUACGCCACCUACCCGUCUGGGAACGAGCAGGGGACGACCACGCUGGUGAUGCUGGCCAAACCCAGGAACUCGGCCCGGGUGGUGACGGUGCAGGCCGGCAGCAGGUCGGUGGCGGUGGCCCAGUGCGAGGCGGCCGAGGGGAAGCCGGCGGCCACCAUCCGGUGGCUGGCGUCGGUGGGAGGGAACCACUCCAGCAGCACCACCAACGGACCCGACGGCACCGUGACCGUGCGCAGCGAGUACCGCCUGGUGCCCACGGCGGCCGACAACGGGCGCGAGGUGACCUGCAUGGUGGAGCAGAGGACGCAGGAGCGGCCGUGGGCCCACACCGUCAGGCUGUCUGUGGAGUACCCUCCGUCCGUGUCCAUCGAGGGCUACGACAACAACUGGUACGUGGGGCGUUCGGACGCCGUGCUCGUCUGCGUGGCCAACUCCAACCCCGCGCCCACCGCCAUCACCUGGACCGCUGCGUCCGGUUCGCUGCCGGAGACGGUGGUGGUGGACGGCAACAAGCUGACGGUGAGGAAGGUGAACGACGCCGUCAACACCACCUUCACCUGCGAAGUGAAGAACAAGCACGGGGCCAGUAGGCACCAGAUCACCACCAUCGUCAUCGAAGCCCUGGAGGAUCCGUCCAGUGCGGGCGUGGUGGCGGGCGCCGUCAUCGGCUCCCUCCUGGCGCUGCUCUUGGUCGUCGGCCUCGUAACCGUCCUGCUGACGCGCGGCCGCCGGCAGCAGCGGCGCGGCUUCCCCAGCAGCGGGGACUCCAUGGCAACGGGAAGCGGGGGCAGCAAUGGAGGAGACUAUGGCAACAAGGCCCGGCUGCUGUUCAGCGGCGCCGGGAGCAACGGCAGCAAGAACGGCACCGGCGCCAACAACAACGGGCCCAUCUACACGUACCGGGAGGGGUGCGAUGCCACCGGGACGCUGACGGAGACGGCCAACGACUACCACCACCACCACCUGCACCACGCCUCCGGAGGAAACACGCCCUCGUCCCACGACAUCCUCCUCAGCGGAGACGUGGGCGACGCCGAGAGGAGGAAGUUUGACCUGGACGACAGCAUGGAGGACGAAGAGGAGCGCUACGACGGCUUCGGCGGCGUGGGAGGGGGCGGGAACAUGCUGCCCCCGGCCUAUCAGGUCCGCAGAGGCCACGGCAACGAAGAGGAGAUGGACGUGUACCUGGACGACGACAUGGAGUCGCAGAGAGAUGGUUCUGUCAUUUCCCGGACUGCAAUUUAUGUUUGAGUGGUUAGGAAAGGAAAGGAGGAAAGGAAAGGAAAAGAGGGAAGGAGGGAAAGGAAAGCGUGGAUACGCUGUGUGUUGGGGGGGGUCUACGCCAGCCCCACCAAUGACUUAACAUUGCCUCCAUCAGAUAAACACCUGCUUAACAUUCAACCCGCUCGAACAGAUGCCACCUUCUGCGCUCGACGAUGAGGUUUUAUAAUGAGGGGCUUUUAAAAAAAAGAGUCUAAAGGAAACAGGAAGUUGUUGUAUAGAAGUGACAUCUGUGACUGUGUGUAACUGUAUCAUGGAGACUUGGCAAGUUUAUUCAGUGUCAGCGAAAUCUGAGAAAAGAGAAGCCGAAGCGUGACGCGGCGCCGCCCGGCGCCGUGUCCUCGUUUCUCCAGCUUUGCGCGUUUGUGAUCGUGUGCUGAGUGACUGCAGUGUUCGUGUUUUCUACCGCACCAGGAAGCCACGCUGGAGCCGCCCCGCCCACAUCCUCCCAGUUUCAAAAUAAAAGCAGGAGCUCGGUGCCGCCGCUGACUCCGCCCCCGUCUUUGUGGAGCGACCCGGUUCUUCUCGCCCCCUCCCUGCGACACCACCUGCUUUUGUGAUGGUGCCGCUGAAGCAGGGCCACGGAACUGCGUUACAUAACAGACUUACCAGUGUGCUAAUGUGUGGCUGGCUGUGGUGUUAAUGGUGUGCAGCAUCUAUAUACUGGGCGCAGUUGUUGUUACCGCUGUCGUGGACGUCGUGUUGUUGUCGUUGCUGUUGUGUAAUGGUGUUGAUCUCGCUUGGGAACAGACGCACCAGGAGCCUCCAGAGUCACACGGUUCCAAAUUGGGUCUGUAAUGACUCAUUAAAUGGGUAAAACUUUUCUCUGUCUCCAACUCCCUCCUUCCUCCUCCUGCUCCUUCUCUGUACUUCCCCGCACACAUUACAUCUAUUUCUCCUUCUUUAUUUACAUAAUGGGCGGCUUACGAGUGCCGCAGUGAUGUGUGCAGGGAGAAGGGGAUAACUCGUAUUUAUAUUCCUAUCUGGGUCGCAUUCAGCGAGGCAAAUAUUCCCCGGCUUUGUGGGAGGCUGCUGUAUUUCAUGUAUUCAUUUUCCAUGACCCGCAGAAUGUUCUUAGGCUAUGAACGGGAUUAUUCCAUGUUCUGUGUUCUGAUUGGAUGGAGAGACACGGUCUGAGACACAUUUGAAGAGAUGUGAGCGCAAGCUACUGUAAAUGAGAUCCCAGACUCACAAUCUCUGCUUUUUAUUGUCAAAGUGUAUGAAAACCAGGAGUGAGACUGUGAUUAAUAAGGUAACGUCACAAAUUGCAUUUUUAACCAGUUGGUGGAAGAAUCUGUGUUUCUGGAGCACAUUUGCCUUAUUGAGUCUAGUUUUUACUCACAGCACGGGUGGAGUUUUCCUCAUGAGCUGAAUUAUCAUUAUUAAAGGUUUGGGAUGUGCAGGGACAGAACAGGAGCAGAACCGUAGAACUAAAAAAGGAUCAUUUUCCACCUUAAACGUUCUGAGGAAGGAGGUGAUGAUGAGGGAACCUCAGGAAUGCGAUGGUCUUGAACCCAGGAAAGGUCAAUGAGCCUCACGUGAUGCAUCCGGAAUGUUGUGCUAAUUAUUCUGUGUCGCCCAAAGUGAACACGAACAUUCUGAAAUUCUGUGGGUCAAACGUGAAACUGGAGCCAGAUGGUUGGUUUGUUGUAGCUCUGCUGUUUCCCCACUUCGUCCUCACAGGUCCAUUGUUGUUGGUUGUUGUGGAACAUUAUACACUGUGGAGUCUGUUUCUCUGUAAAAAAGCUCUAUUUGCUAUGUUACAGUGCAUUUCAGUGGAAGCACUUCAUCACAACUCUGUGUUUAUUGACGAGUUGCCAAUGAGACGCAGCCGCUCGCUAAGUUCUGCUGCCACCCUCGUCUCAUAUUGUUGGACUUUUUUUUAUUUCAUCACUGCCGCACAGCUCGGAUUCAAGUACUGAAGUUUGCUUCCAGCUCCGCGGGGUGCGUGCAUGCUGCAAGAUCUAGACGCUUGUCUCUGGAGGACGGUGUUCAUAAAGACAGCAGCGUCCCAAAUGGGCCUCACGCUCAGAACCCGCAUUUUAAAGAUGCUUUUUAUGAUUUUACCAUAUGGAAAAAAUAUUUUCUCAUCAUAUUUGAAAUGUAACUGUUGAAAUGGUGAUGAAUGUUCAUGAUUUUCAAAAUAAAAGGCUGGCUUUUUGGAGGGAGUCGGUCUCGUGCCUCUG